CAACACUCACAUUGCUCAAGUGUGCCCUGGAGCCUGGCCAAGCUGCUGCCCUUGUGAAAGAUAUCCUGCAGAGCUUCACAGUCCAGAGACGCCAUCUGAGAAGCCAUUUCUGCCACGCCUCUGAAGGAUUUCUCAACUAACUCCUGUAGCUCCCAGCCAUGUGGCUGUACCUGGCGACUCUCGUGGGCCUCUACUACCUUCUGCGCUGGUACCGGGAGAGACAGGUGGUGAGCCGCCUCCAAGACAAGUAUGUCCUUAUCACGGGCUGUGACUCGGGCUUCGGAAACCUGCUGGCCCGGCAGCUGGAUCUGCGAGGCUUGAGGGUGCUGGCUGCAUGUCUGACAGAGAAGGGGGCUGAGCAGCUGAGGGGCCAGACGUCAGACAGGCUGGAGACAGUGAUCCUGGAUGUCACCAAGACAGAGAGCAUCGCUGCGGCUACCCAAUGGGUGAAGGAGAGAACGGGGGACAGAGGACUCUGGGGCCUGGUGAAUAACGCUGGCGUCUCUGUGCCCACGGCACCCAAUGAGUGGCUGACCAAACAGGACUUUAUGAAGAUACUCGACAUAAACCUGUUGGGGGUGAUUGAGGUGACCCUGAGUCUGCUGCCCCUGGUGAGGAAGGCGAGGGGCCGUGUGGUCAAUGUCGCCAGCGUCAUGGGUCGUGUAGUCUUCAAUGGUGGGGGCUACUGCAUCUCCAAGUACGGUGUCGAGGCUUUCUCCGACUCCCUCAGGAGGGAACUCUCCCACUUUGGGGUGAAGGUGGCCAUCAUCGAGCCCGGUUUUUUCAAGACCCCUUUGGCCAAUCCUGAGAUGAUUUCUGCGAAAGCAAAGGAGGCAUGGGAUCAGGCCAGCCCAGAAGUCAAGGAGAGUUAUGGGGAGAACUUCCUGGCAUCCACCUUGAAAGCAAUGCAAUUGUUGGAGAAAAUGUCGACCAAUGAUCUGUCCUUGGUAACCGACUGCAUGGAACACGCUUUGACCGCCUGCCAUCCCCGCACCCGAUACUCAGCUGGCUGGGAUGCCAAGCUAAUCUACCUUCCCAUGAGCUACAUGCCCACCUUCCUGGUGGAUGCCAUUGUCUACUGGAGAAGCCCAAGACCCACUAAGGCUGUGUGACCCACGACUGUGGAGCAUAGUAGGGCGGAAUUGAGUACCAUGUGAGGGAGGGGACACAUCUGUGGAGUAUGGUGCAUUUGUUCACAUUCUCAGUAAUGUUAUUUAAGUAAAAGUAAAUAAUGGAGUCAAAGUUAUGCAUUUCUUAAAGCCAGGGAAGGUUACUGACCAAGGCAGUUUCUAAUAUUGCAGAAUCUUGUUUCUUUCCAAUGUUCCCAAGGUCAAACUCUGCCAGCCUCCACUCCCCUCACCAUCCCCAACUCACCAAAAACCCUGUAUUAUCAUCAUAAUUAGCUCGUUAUUAAUAUAAGGAAGGGAGCAAAGGGAAUCAAACAAUAAGCUUAAUAAACUGGGCAGCUGAGUCAAA